AUGGAUCGGCCGGCGUCUGUGCCUUUCACCGUCCGCGUCCUCGAUGACGGCUUCAAUCAUGCAACCACUCCCGCAAGGACCUCGCCGCCCGGAGCUUUUGGCGACCUCCUCCCGGCUACCAGCCGAGCACAACACGACCACAUAACCGUGCCGCGAGCCGACGACCCAGAGUUCCUGGGCCGAGAGCUCUUCGUCCGACGUCUGAACGAUGUCCAGGACCUCCUCUGGAUUUGCGGGCGUCCGAUGCCCCCGAGGCCCCUCCACUAUCAGUUGCUCACCUCGCGGGAGAUUCAUGUCACAGAGAACCCCGAGCUUCACCUAGUAUGGGCCAAGAACCGCAUCUUCGUCAAGCCGAUACCCCGGUGGCUGCUGGACCCAGACUUCUGGGCCGCCCACCUGCUUGUCACCACCGCCACCGACGACGGCACCAGCAGUAGUGACGGAAAGAGACAUCAGUCCGAUCCGCGAAGGGAGCUGGUCGCCUGCGCGCUCGGAUUCUUGUUCUCCUACACGGCCCUCGUCGCGUACGAGAGCGACUUCCGCAUAGCCGUUGAAAAGGGCCUCAUGCCGCCGCAAGUGAGCUGGGACCGGUGGAGGGCAUUAUCGGCGCAAAUCGUGCAGAAUCACUGUUAUGCGUCCGUUAACCCGCGCUACUGGUACGGCGAGCUCCGACUGAGCCGCUUGAACAAGAUCUAUCGGGUCCGCUUGGGGUAUUUGCUCCGGGGUUACUCCAAGGUUGCUUCCCAUGCGGUUUAUGAGGACCUGCUGCGGGACAACUUUGCGGCGCUGGCUGCGGUUCUUGGUUAUGUUGUCAUUGUUCUCACAGCGAUGCAAGUUGGGCUGGCCACUGAUCAGCUCGUGGGCGACAAGUUGUUCCAGAGCGUGAGCUACGGCUUCACCGUCUUCUCUAUACUGGCUCCUCUCAUUGCUUGCUUCGGCAUCGUUGCCUUCUUGGUGGUCAUGUUUGUGAGCAGUUGGAUGGUGACCAAGGUUUAUGAGAAAAAGAGGUUCCAGGAGAUGGGAGUCGAGCCCUUUUGGAGAGACCGGGCAGGCAGACGAUAUGUGCAGGUAGCAACCAAACAAGAUAUGUCUGAGUAG